GGCCGAUGGAACGAUAAGAUCUACGCGCGCCAUACCCCUGGGUUCGAGGCGACAGUUUCCGGCCAGGAUCCUGAAUCGGCCAAAACGUUUCUGGUCUGGCAAAGCCAUACUCGGCCGAGCGGGAUUCCAUUCAACCUCACGCCUUUCGUUAUCACUUUGAACGCUUUACCCGAAGGGCUCAAGGAGUGUCUCCCACCUACCGACACGCGCCUUCGACCCGAUCAGCGUGCGAUGGAAGAGGGUGAGUAUGAUUUAGCCGCCACGGAGAAACAUCGAGUGGAGGAGAAGCAGCGCGCCAAGCGGAGAGAAAGAGAGACCAAAGGCGAGGAAUAUAAGCCCAAAUGGUUUAAUAGGGCCAAGUGCCCGGUCACCGGUGAGGAGUAUUGGGCACACAACGGACAAUACUGGACGAGUCGCGAGAGCGGCGACUGGAGCGCCUGCGAGGACAUCUUCUAGCUUACUACUAUUGGCCUUGAGUUUCGCGAACGGACUGUCUCUACCUCUGUAAUUAAAAUCCAAUGGACUCGUGCC